AUGACGGGCGGAGUCUGGCAUUCGCUCAUCUUCGUUGCCGCCGCGUUGGCACCUACGGUCUUUGCUCAGACAACCUGCGGCGGUGGUGUUCAGUGUCCUUCAGAUACCCCCUGCUGUUCGCAAUAUGGUCAGUGUGGUGUUGGCGCCUACUGUCUAGGGGGAUGUGAUCCCGUCAACUCGUUCAGCCUCGAUUCCUGCGUUCCCGCGCCUGUCUGUCAAUCUCAAACCUAUGACUUUAGUAAUCUCGACGGGAUCAUGCCCAAUACCAAGUAUCUGGGAGAUCCCACUACCGCCGAUUGGGUCUCUUCCGGCAGCCCCUUGGAAUACAACAACUCGGUGCUCCUGACCAUGGCCGAAGGAACAGUGGGGACACUGCUGGCUAGCACACGCUCCGUGUGGUAUGGCAAAAUCAGCGCGAGAUUCGCCACGUCUGCCGGUGCUGGUGUCGUCACUGCGUUCAUUCUGCUCGGUAAUUCCAAGGACGAAAUCGAUUUCGAGUUCGUGGGCACGCAGUUGACCAGUGCUCAAACAAACUUCUACUCCCAGGGUGUACCAGUCUACACCAACGGCGGUAAUACUACUGGCCUCUCGGACGUGCACGCAAACUUCCACGAAUAUGAAAUUGAUUGGCAACCUGACAGCAUUACUUGGUCGAUUGAUGGCAACGCAGUCCGUACCCUGAACCGUGAAGACACCUGGAAUGAGACGGCAAACCGAUAUUACUAUCCUCAAACGCCGUGCCAAGUGCAGCUGUCACUGUGGCCGGGCGGUCUCGCGUCCAACGGCGAAGGCACCAUCGAAUGGGCUGGAGGUCUUGUGCAAUGGGACUCACCAUACAUGACCAACGGCUACUACUACGCCCAGUUCGACGAGGUUACGGUACAGUGCUACGAUCCGCCUGCAGGCGCAAACGUCAACGGCAGCAAGUCCUACAUCUUCACCGACCCGGCCAUGACCAACAACACCGUCGAAAUCACCAACGACAACACCGUACUUAAAUCGUUCCUUGGUACCGGCACCAACGAGUCGGCUGGCAGCAACACGGCCAGCUCAAGUGGCUCGUCCAAGACGACUCAACCGGCCACUGUUCCCGGUCUUUCUGGUGGCGGCACUGGCAGCAACGGUGGGCGUGGCGACAACACCACGGGCAGCAGUGAUAGCGGAAGCGGUGACAAUUCCGGCUCGGGAAGUAGCAGUGCCAGCGCCACAGGAGCUGCGUCGACAGGGUUCGUGCAAGGCGACGGAGGCGACUCUUCCAACGGGGCGGGCCAGAUUGGCGGCAAGAGUGAAACGGUGCUCAAGGGAAGUCUGUUUGCCGUGGUUGUUGCAGUUGUUGGAUUGUGCAUCAUGUAA